AUGGCCCCAAUUACCUCCGCUCUCUCGGAGACUCUCCAGUCUCUGACCCAGAGCAAAAUCCGCGAACUGGAAAAGCGACAGGGAGCCUACGAAACUCAAAAAGCCUCCAUCCUCCAAGCAGCCGAUGAAUUCACCGACAUUCGCGACAAAAUCGCUCAUAUACUGGCCGGUGUUAAAGAACUCCUCCCGCAAACAGACCGAGACCCUGUUACCGCCGACAUCGAGCGCUGGUUGAAUCAAGCGCGCUAUGACUCCUCAAUUCCAGUUGAAAAGCUGGUCUCGAUCCACGAUGAGUUAGUCUCGCAGCUCGAUGCGAAUAGUCGCCGAUUGGGCCUUGCGGAUCUCUACUCCCGCCUGUUGAUGGAGUGGGUUAACGCCGAUGCCAACUCGAACAAAUCGCCCGGUGACACGUCCAGCGACGACGAGGACUAUCUUGUCGUGGAAGAGAGACAGAAGCAGCGGCUACAGGCUCUUUGCGAUCAGUUUGAGCAGGUGGUUUUCGAGCCGUUGGAGACAAGUCCCGAGGAUAUCCAUGCUUUCCUCGAUGGCCUUUUCCCCGAUGAAGACAGCAAAAAGGGGUUGGAAGAUUUUCGAGACGAAAUGAAAAAGGACUGCGACAAUUUGUGGGACGAGAGCUCGUUCGGGGAUGAAGUUUUCGACACUGAUUCUUUGACUCUGUGCAUCAAGGGCCUGUUGAAGGAGGACAUUCUCAGCGACGCGAAGAAAGAAAUGCUGAAGUAUUUCCUCGACAAUAAGGUUGCAUUGAUUGAAAUUGCGGACGUUUUGAACAUGCGAUACGACGACCUGAAGAAUUGGGAAUGGCAUGCAGGAGAAGAUGGUAUCCCUGUUCUCCCUACGCAGCAAUUGAAUGGCAAGUAUCGGAUCUGGAUGGACGAGGACGUGCUUCAGACAAUCUUUGUCCAGCACAUCGGAGUUCGAUUGUGUAACAUUCUGAAGGGAAACCUCGAAAUGAUGAUCAAGAACGAGUCGGUGUGGAAUUGGUCUCCUGGCCCACGCAUGACCGAGGCGGAUAACCUUCGACGCCAGUAUUACCUGGAGGAAUCGGGAGACAAGGUCAAAAGUGUCCAGAAUAUCCGCAAAAGGGAGUACAUGAACACGUACUUUGUAUCGCAGCUCCCGGGGUCUCAAUCGACGCUUGCUCAACAAGGCGGCUCGUAUGACAAUGACGAUGACGAUGACGAUGACGAUGACGAGGAGGACGAGUCACAAGCGAAACACGAAGACAAGAAUGUCAAGCAACAUCUCCUGCGUAAGGUGGCUACCGAGACUCUCUUACAUCGUGGUCUGCAUGGUGAAGCAGCUGCCAUUCAGUCCGAUCUCAAAUGGUACGGCACGUCGCUGUCCCACAGCACAAUCUUUGCCGUUAUGGCUUUCGCAGGAUUUCCGCAGCGGUGGAUUGACUUCUUCCGCAAAUACCUCGAAUCCCCGUUGAACAUGGACCAGUCGUCGUCUGGGCGCGAGCCUCGUGGACCUCGAAUCCGGAAGCGUGGUCUGCCCAUGGCGCAUGCGUCGGAGAAGCUGCUGGGAGAGUUGGUGCUUUUCUUCAUGGAUCUCGCUGUCAACCGCAAGACAGGAAUGUUGCUGUACCGACUGCACGAUGACCUUUGGCUGUGCGGUGAGCCGCAAAAGUGCGUACAGGCAUGGGAAGUGAUGAAUAACUUUGCCAAGGUGGCAGGCCUCGAAUUCAACAUCUUCAAGACUGGUUCGGUCUAUCUGUCCGAUUCGAAGAAUCCCAGUAUCGAGGCUCGACUGCCCAAGGGACCAGUCACGAUCGGCUUUCUGACUCUAGACUCCGAAUCUGGCGUUUGGAAAAUCGACCAGACGCAAGUCGACGAACAUCUGAGCCAGUUGCAGAACCAGCUCCAGCGCUGCGACAGCGUUAUCUCGUGGAUCCGCACUUGGAACAGCUGCAUCGGCCGGUUUUUCAAGAGCAACUUCGGUCAGCCAGCGUACUGCUUUGGACGGCCACAUGUGGACGAAAUCCUGAAGACCUAUGAAAAGAUGAAUCGCGUCUUAUUCGAGUCUCAGGGUCCCGAAAACGGGUCCACAUUAACCGAGCAUCUUCGUCAGAUGAUCAAGUCUCGCUUUGGCGUGUCCGAUGUGCCGGAUGCCUUUUUCUUCCUGCCAGAAAAGCUCGGGGGCCUGGGCCUGCGCAACCCGUUCGUUCCUGUAUUGUUGGUUCGCGAUAAUAUGGGCGAUUCCACCUCGCCUGUUGAGCGUCUGCAAUUCCUCCACCAGAAGAAAAGGGAUAUGUACGCGAAUCAUAGGAAAGAGUUCGCCGACCUCACGGAUCGCGCCCGUCGUGAACGCCUAGAUGAUCUGUGGACUGACCGAGAUCAACAAGUAGAGGACUUUAUCGAUCUCAGCACAUUCAUGUCAUUUGAUGAGUACAUGCGGUAUCCUGAUACCAGAGAUUCCGAGGUCGCGACCUUCUACGAGGCCUCCACCCAGGUAGCGGUCCCUGCGUAUAUUCAGCCCACGCCGGAGUAUAGCCACGGACUGGACAAAGUCCAACAGACUAUUGAUAUCGGCGAUCCUUCACCAGAGGACAAGUGGGUUUUGCAUCUGUAUGCGUCUGAAUUGAUGUCGCGAUUUGGGGGUUUGAACCUGGUGGAAAAGCGGUUUUUGCCCGUCGGCGUGUUGACUUUGAUUAAGGAGAAGAAGAUCAGAUGGCAGAUGGUUUUGUGAUUUACCUUUUAUUUUGAUUCUCAUGAUAUUUCAAAUGUU